AUGCUAGCGACAGCAACAGUCGAAGUCUCUGCUCACCUAAAUAUAAUCCCUUUGGACUGCAUCACCUCUACUCCAAAGACACGAGUGUCUUUUCUCCCCAAACCACACCCAGUCCCUCCCAAACCUGAAGUUGCCACCGACACUCAUCCAGAUGCACCGGAAAUAUGUCCCACAUCAACCCGCCUGAAGGCGGAAGAAAUAAUGAAUAUCGUGGAGCGCUAUGGUUCCCAUGAGCGCACAACCGCAGCCGGAGAAUGGCUGGGUCGGUCAUCGUUCACGCCGCGCGUGCAAACACACGUCGCAGCCAAUAGGGCGAUUCCUAUGGUUUUACCUGCUUUUCCAAUGAAGAGUAAUAACCGUAUGGACAAGGUGCUAGGUGCGCUUCCAGAUUUGGGGGAUGAGCUUGGGUUGGCGCGGUUGGUGAAUCUCUGCCGGGAUAUUAAGGCUGUUUACCCGCCUGGUGCGGUUGUGGUUAUUGUUACGGAUGGGAUUUGCUAUAAUGAUCUUACGGGAAUUUCUGAUGAGGAGGUCUGGGAAUAUGGGAAUCGACUGCGGAAGAUUGCUGUUGAGAAGGGAUAUGCUUGUAUCCAGUUCCACCGUAUUAUGAAUAUGCUGGGUCUUUAUACCAGUGCCCAGAUUUCCAAAUCGGAUUAUGUCAAGCUCUGUGGGUUAUCGAGGGCUGAACUUCAUCAACGAUGUGGACGGCCAGGCUUUGACGUCGAUAAGUUUUUGAAAAGUGAUGAGGAUUAUCUGAGGACUUACAAUGGAUACGACAAGUUCAUGAAAGUUGAUUUAAAAUUCAGCCCAGUGACCAGGGAUUGCGCUGGUCCUAAACAAUAUAAAAAGAGAAUCAAGAGUAUUGCAAAGGCCAUGAUCGUCCGGGGAGUGGAGUAUGCGGAGCUAGUACGCCAAAUUUAUCCCGACUCACUGCGUCUCUCUAUCCAUCCGUCGUCAGGGCAGACGAAGCUGUCUUGUCCCCUUAUCCCGCAGAAGGACUCGUUUUCCAUGAGUCCUUGGCACUGUAGUGUCGCAGUGACAACGACAGGGGAAUUCAUAACGGCUCACCAAUCUGCACAUCGGCAGAAGUUUGACCUUAUUAAGAAGGAAGGUCAACCAUAUUUCUUCCGUGAGAACUCACCGCUCUUCGUUUGGGAUACGAGAGUCGAGUUUGAGCAUCAUUAUGGCCAAAAUUUGGUUAUUAGGGCACAGAAACAGACUGAUCAAGAACUAUCGGACUCGGAUUUGGACAAGUUGGCCCUUUUGGCAAUCCAACAGAAGAGUGUGUCCUUUAUGUCUGUAUAA